AUGCGUGUCACACGCGCCCGCGCCCAACAGGGCAACGAUGAUGCGACCGACGCGACCGAGCGUGCACCCUUAAAUCAAAUUUCCUCAAAUGCGUCGCCCAAGCAGACCCGCUACGAUGACGAGGAAUCAGUCCCGAAAACACCCGCAAAGACUCCCGCAAAGACUCCAGGAAGAAAGGCAAAAGGCAAAGGCCGUGCGAAAAAGGGAAAGAAGGGCAAAGCGGCUGAGGAGGAGGAAGAGGAGCAGACCGGAGCCGCACCUGAAGAGGAGCAAGCCGCAAGUGAAGCGCACACGAACGAACCAACUGGCGACGAUGUUUCUAAAGACACUUCCGAUGAAGCCCCCGCAAUCACCGAGCGACCCGUGACUCCAGCGCCGCGAUUGACACGCCGACAACUGGCUAUGCAGGAGGAGGAAGCGAAACAAGCGAAGUUCAGCGCCCAAUCACAAGAGCCAGAACCAGCGCCAGUUGCAGAGGAGGUGCCUUCGACCGCGGGAACGACUGUGGAAGCACAUGCGCCUGAGGAGACUUCGUCUGAAGAUGCAACAACAGGCGCAGAAGAAGCGCAGGUUGAGAGCCCCCCACAGCAGGUUGAAGCGCCAGCUACAAUGGAACCUGUGGAGGAAGCGCAAAAUGAGUCCAUGCUGGAGGUGGAGGAAGCGCCUCGAGAGAUUACCGAGACUGUAGAGACAAAACAUACCACAUCAGUGCCACGGAUCGACGAGCCCAAUGGCGAGGAGCAACCCGUCAAGGCAACAGCGACUGAGGAUUCGUCUGAGAAUCAAGAGCCUGAAGAUGACACUGAAGUCCCCGCACCCUCAGUCGAAAUGAGCUCUGAACCGGAGCCAAAGUCACUUGUAGCCGAGAUGUCCAGCGAAGAUGCUGUAACACCACUCAGGAGCCAUACUUCCAGCCGACGGGCGUCGCGCAGUCCCUCGAAAUCACCGAUGCGUCUGGAAGAGUCGUUUGAGGCCAUUGAUGCGCUAGAGGAGGCACUGGAGAAUGUGACCUCAGUCACCAGCUUCAACCAUUCGAAUGAAGUGAUGUCACCUCACAAGGCAGAGUUCCCAAAAGCAGCUGCCACACAGACGAUGCGAUCGAAGACACUCGGGAAAGGGCCAGUGCCUGCGCCUGCUGCCAAGCUAUCGAGGACACCGAGUGUUGCUGCUCCUAAGAGCAUGAAGCCAGUGAAGUCUUCGAUGGCUCGCGCAUCCAGUGUCCGCACAGCGCCUAACAAAGAUGGUAGAGUAGAUUCCACUGAUACAGUAGAUUACCUUGCCUCAAAACGCCGGCCGAGCAGUGUAUCGUUCCCCACACCUGCAACCCACCACCCAAGGGCCGCGCACCCACAAAGGCCACCUUCCAGCUUUUCAAGUAACGAUGUGCAUGCCCUCCUCCACCGAAAUCCCGAUAAGCCCUUGACGAAACCUGCGUUCCAACUCCCUGGCGAAAGAAUCGCUGAGAAGUCUCAGGCACAAAAAGAGGAGCGUCUGAAGAGGGAAGCCGAAGCACCUCCACAACCGGCACCUAAGCAGCGUCCUGUCAGCAUCAGCAUGGCAUCUAAGCAGCGUCCUGUUAGCAUCAACAUGGCUCCCCAUGCAAAGUCGACGAAAGCACUGACGAAGGCGACUUUCGAGCUCCCUGGUUCGGCCGUCGCUGAGAAGUUAAGGAUUAAGAAGGAAGAGCGUCUGAAGCGAAUGGAAGAAGCGGAAGCAGCAAAGAAAGAGGCUGCGCUCAAGGCACGACAAGCACCAGUGCGCAAGCCAGUGACCGUCCCUAUCAGACAACAACCAUCACCACAGCCACAGCCACAGCAACAAGCUCAACGUGCACCUUCGCUGGCUAGCAAGCGCAGCCCUAUGUCUCUGUCGCAAACCUCUGUUCUCAAUCCCGCUCUACAUCGACUUCCUCGGCAAAUCGCAACAGUGUUAUCGUUCCCAAGGCUGUCGUCACGCCCGUCGACGCCCGCGCAACAGAAAGUCAAAGGCAGGGAAGUUUUCCACCGCGACCGCAUGGAGAAAGAAGCCCGUGAGCGAGAGAGGCGAGAGAAGGAAGAAGCUGCUAAGCGAGCCCGAGCGGAAGCUGCUGAGAGAGGUCGUAUCGCGAGCAGAGAGUGGGCCGAGAGGCAAAGGAAGAAGUGA